UAAUUCUCAUCCUCAUUCUGCAGGGAAGCUGUUUGGAUGAUGAUGGCUGGACAGGAAUGCAACAAAUAUCUUUGUCUCUUACCAGCAAGAUGGAGCUGAUUUUAACUGAAGACAUCUGACACCAUGAGGAUGAUGAUGAUGUUGAGAAUGAAUUUCCUACUUUUUUUGUGUCUCUCAGUCUUAUUGUUUUGUACCUGUCCCAUCUCAUCAGCUGAUGUUCAUCAGAGGUCAGUGGUUCCCAGAGCAGCCUCCCGGUCCGUGGCAAGGAUGGAUGGCGAUAUCAUCAUCGGCGCUCUGUUUUCUGUCCAUCAUCAACCUGCGGCAGAGAAGGUCGCGGAAAGAAAGUGCGGGGAGAUCAGGGAACAGUACGGGAUCCAAAGAGUGGAAGCGAUGUUUUAUACACUAGAUAGAAUAAACGCUGAUCCAAACCUUCUUCCCAACAUCACUCUGGGUUGUGAGAUCAGGGACUCCUGCUGGCACUCAUCAGUGGCUUUGGAACAGAGUAUUGAGUUCAUAAGAGACUCGCUUAUCUCCAUCCGUGAUGACAAAGACGGGACGAAGUGGUGCGUUGAGGCAAAUCCUUCCGCUCAGCCACCGGCCACCAAAAAGCCCAUCGCUGGUGUGAUUGGACCUGGAUCCAGUUCAGUGGCCAUUCAAGUUCAGAACCUGCUGCAGCUGUUCAACAUCCCUCAGAUUGCGUACUCGGCUACAAGCAUUGAUCUGAGCGAUAAAACCCUCUAUAAGUACUUCCUUAGGGUCGUGCCCUCUGACACUCUUCAGGCCAGAGCUCUCCUGGAUAUCGUUAAACGCUACAACUGGACGUACGUGUCAGCAGUUCACACUGAGGGGAACUAUGGCGAGAGCGGGAUGGAGGCCUUUAAAGAACUGGCAUCUCAGGAAGGUUUGUGUAUCGCACAUUCUGACAAGAUCUACAGCAACGCUGGGGAGAAACACUUUGACCGGCUGCUGAGGAAACUGCGAGAGCGUCUGCCCAAAGCUCGUGUGGUGGUGUGUUUCUGUGAGGGGAUGACUGUUCGUGGUCUCCUCAUGGCCAUGAGACGCCUUGGUGUAGCUGGAGAAUUCCUCCUCAUCGGCAGCGACGGCUGGGCGGACAGGGAUGAGGUUGUGGAGGGCUACGAGCAGGAAGCUGUGGGCGGCAUCACCAUGAAGCUACAGUCGGAGGAGGUCAUGUCCUUCGAUGAGUAUUACCUGAAGUUACGACUCAACACCAACAAUAGAAACCCCUGGUUUGCUGAAUUCUGGCAGCAUCGUUUCCAGUGCCGCCUCCUGGGACAUCCACAAGAAAACACGAAUUAUAAGAAGAACUGCUCAGGUUAUGAAAGCCUAGAGGACAACUAUGUCCAGGACAGUAAGAUGGGCUUCGUCAUUAAUGCCAUCUACGCCAUGGCUCACGGUCUUCAUGAUAUGCAUGAGCACUUGUGUCCGGGUCACGUGGGACUGUGUGACGCCAUGGACCCCAUUGAUGGCAGCAAACUGCUGGACUUUCUCCUCAAGACCUCGUUUACUGGUGUGUCUGGAGAAGAUGUGUGGUUCGAUGAAAACGGGGACUUGCCAGGCAGGUAUGACAUUAUGAACCUGCAGUUUGUGGAGCCUGGCGUUUAUGACUAUAUAAACGUUGGCUCGUGGCAUGAAGGUGUUUUAAGUAUCGAUGAUUAUAUGAUCCAGAUGAACCGCAGUGAGAUGGUCCGAUCUGUCUGCAGUGAGCCCUGCUCCAAAGGAGAGAUCAAGGUGAUCAGGAAAGGGGAGGUGAGUUGUUGUUGGAUUUGUACGGCCUGUAAGGACAAUGAAUAUGUCCAGGAUGAGUUUACCUGCAAAGCCUGUGAGCUGGGAUGGUGGCCGGACAAAGAACUGCAAGUCUGUGAGCCCCUUCCCCUGCGCUACCUGGAGUGGAGUCAUCCUGAAUCCAUCGUGGCUGUCGUUUUUUCAUGUCUGGGCAUCCUAGUGACCAGUUUCGUCACCUUCAUCUUCAUACUGUACCGAGACACGCCAGUCGUCAAGUCCUCCAGUCGUGAACUUUGCUACAUCAUCUUGGCUGGCAUCUUCCUGGGUUACAUUUGCCCCUUCACUCUCAUAGCUCGUCCCACCAUAGCCUCGUGUUACUUGCAGCGCCUCCUCGUGGGUCUUUCGGCCUCCAUGUGCUACUCGGCUCUCGUCACCAAGACCAACCGCAUCGCUCGAAUUCUGGCCGGCAGCAAAAAGAAAAUAUGCACACGCAAACCACGAUUCAUGAGUGCCUGGGCGCAAGUGGUGAUCACAUCCAUCCUGGUCAGUGUGCAACUGACUUUGGAGGUCACACUGAUCAUCUUGGAGCCUCCGGAGCCCAUAAAGUCCUACCCCAGUAUUCAAGAAGUUUUUCUAAUAUGCAACACCAGCAAUUUGGGCAUGGUUGCGCCAUUGGGCUACAAUGGCCUGCUCAUUCUCAGCUGCACCUACUAUGCGUUUAAAACUCGCAACGUCCCUGCCAACUUCAACGAGGCCAAGUACAUCGCCUUCACCAUGUACACCACCUGUAUUAUCUGGUUGGCAUUUGUGCCGAUCUACCCAGAAAUUUCUAAUGGAAAGUCUGUGUCAUGGUCUGAACCAGGUUCAAGACAUCCUCCGAAAGGGGAACACAUGUGGCACAGACUGUCUGUACAUGUGAAGAGGCAGGAAGCCGGAUCCAAUCAGACGGCUGUCAUCAAACCCCUAACUAAUACCUACAAUAACCCCGACGUGGAGUUUUCUGAUUUAAGCACCAAGACUCUGUAUAAUGUAGCCGAGGAGGAUGAGGGCGACCCGAUCAGAUACAAUCCCUCGGGCAGCCCUCCUCUGAUGGCUCUCAGGCAGUCGCCUGUCAGCAAGCCUAUAAAGAAGGCGGGAGCCGAUAUGACGUUUUACACUCCCGAGCAACACGUGCCACAAAAAAACAGUGUUCUCCCUCAACAUUGUAUUGCAGAUCAAGAGGUGCUUAAGUUCAAUUCAAACAUGCCCAAUCUGGAUGAGAUCAUAAGCCUGCCCGAACCGGGUGACGGGGUGAUUUCGCCCCUUCAGCCCCAAAUAUUGCACCCGCAUCGGAUUUUGCCCAUGCAACUGGGUGCAUACCCGGACGAACCCGCCUCCCCUUUGGAGGAGGUUGAAAACGAGCAGUUGGGGCUUCUUCACGGCUACAUGUAUGACAAUGCGCAGAUCCACGACGAGGAGGAGUUGGAGCAGAUUAAAAUGGCAAUGGAGGACUCUGUGGCCCUCAUGCCACCUUCUCCGUUUAGGGAUUCACUCGGCUCGGGCAGCCCCUUUCCCAACUCCCCCAUGUCCGAGUCCAUCUUAUGCACGCCGCAGAGCGUGACGUACGCAUCCGUCAUUCUCAGAGACUAUAAGCAAAACUCCUCGACCCUUUGAAAUGUAUUUUAGGAGAUCAUGUCAGCUCCAGCUUUGUGAAAUAAUAGCUACUGUACUAGUUUGUGCAAUAAUGUGACUGCAAGUCACCUGCACUGGAGAGCUUUAAUAUUAUAUAUGGUUGAUUUAAAGAGAGAGUAUGGAAGUGAAUGUCUGUUCAGCAGGGUCCAAAAUUAAGACUUGCCAAGUGCGAAAUGCACACAAAAUUUUGCCAGUACAUCUUUCACAGUUUCACACAGACAUGGAGAAGCUUGUGUACCAUCUACUUAUUU